GAUCGGUAUAAUUCAUUUUUCCUUUCCCUUUUCUUAUUUAAUCCACACACAUUCAUUUAUCACCCUAUGGUUGACACUAAACCGCGUAACACCACCUUAAAAAAACUGGCUAGGUGGUCACCUUCUUCUCCUAACUCUGCUUCCAUUCCGCCACUGAGCUCUGACGCUCCAUUCGCUCAUGUCCAUCACGAUCAAUUGCAACAGGGAUCUUUAUACAUUAUCAAAAUUAAACAAGUUAGUCUUGCCAUGUUUGAAGGCUGGAAUGAUGAUAUGUGCUGCUUCUCUAUUCUUCGUUCUGAGGUAGAACCCUUACGCUGGUCAGAAGCUAGACAGCUGCCUGGGGAUUUUGAUAUUUAUGAUGCAUUUGAUGAAUGUGGCAAUCCUCCAAUUCAUUUAUGGGCAAGGUAUUUAAAAGUGAACGUUCCCAGUAAUUGGUUUUGUAUGUUUGAGGAAGCGAAACGUAAACAACGCGAGUGGCACAUGCGCCAGCAACAACAAUUUGAGCAGCAACAGCAACAACAGCAACAACAACAACAACAACUGCAGCAACAACAGAAUGGACUUAUUCGUCAAAGUGUAAUACAAGACCAGAAUCAAGAAGAUUACUAUUAUCCACCUCCACAAGAUGGAUCUGUGGUGCUUCGCAAUACCGACACACCUCCUGUCGCUUAUUCCAACACAGAUGUGUCUUCAAUGAGUUUGAACCAUCAUAAUUCAACAGAUGAAUCUAUCGUGGCACCAUCCAUUGUUGCUUCCACAAACAUUAUUGACCCUGUUAUGUUAAACGAAUCAUCUAGAAGUACAACGACUACCAGCCUUCAUCACCAACCCUCAAUUUUAUCCACCGUAUCCGUUAAUACAGGUAGUAUGCGUGGCUCAAAUAGGCAAGUGUUAUCUCCUACCCCCUCUCACCGGGAAGUUAUUCAACAGCAACAUCAGCCAGAAAGAUCAGGAAGCAUUAUGGAUCGUGAAAAAAUACGCAGACAUUUGGCACCUGGACAGGCUAUAAUCACAAAUAGAAAUUCGGGUAGUGUGGUUACAUUAGCUUCCACUGUUACAACAUUGGCACCCGUAAACAAAGAUUCGCCAACAUUAAAUCAUCAUCGGUCCAAAGAACAAAUUCAUGGUAUACCAGAAAAUGAUGCCGAAGAUGAUUCUAUCAAAAACGAAUCGAAUAUAUCAGCUUAUUCCAAUGAAAUGGAUUUCCCUCAUGAUUCAGACAGGUUCUCGAUUCGAUCGGAUAUUUCUCAAAGCGUCGUCACACCAACCCCAAAGCUGUCUGUCUCUUCAAAGUCUCGUAAUAGACCUUCGAUGAAGAAGAUUAUUUGGGGUUAAAAGAAAGACAAGCUCUCUCUUUUUUUUUAUAUAAAUAUCAGAAUAAAACAUGGUGCACUAUGUAACUUAUCUAACUCUGUCACGAUUAAGG